CACCCUCGAUCAUCGCGCUCUCUCUCUCUCUCUCCUAUCCAUGCUUGUGAGUGCUUUCGGUUCGUUCGGCGCGCGUUCUUCUUGUCGAAGCCCAUGAAUCCAAUGUCGCUCUCGACACCGUAUCGCCCGCGACAGAGCAAGAACAUCGGUCGACCCGAGUUCCCCCUCCGGCUGUCCGCUUCGUUUUCGGCGUUGUUUUGGGGGGCGAGCUCUGUUUCCUGGUGUCCUUCCCCUGUUUCCACGCUCCGCGUGACAUGCUCGAUCCUUUUGGGUUGAUGGGUCAGGCCGUAAUUCCAUCGGCAUAGUAGCGUGGAUGUGAUUUUGGGUGUUAUUUGAUCCUUCCCCUGUUUCCACACUCCGCGUGACAAGGUCGAUCCUUUUGGUUUGAUGGGUCUGGCGUAUUUCGAUCCUUCCCAAGUUCUCCUCCCGGUUCCACGCUUCGUUUUCGGCGUUGGUUUGGGGGGCGAGCUCUGUUUCCUGGUCUCUUUCCCCUGUUUCCACACUCCGCGUGACGAGCUCGAGCCUUGUGGUUUGAUGGGUCUGGCCUUAAUUCGAUCGGCAUUGUAGUGUGGACGUGAUCUUGGGUGGUGGUAAUAAUAUACUAGCAUGGAGAAGGAGCCUCUGCUUCCGUAUUCGAGCCCCAGGAGGAGGAGGCCGCCGUCCCUCUCGUCGCUCUCCGAGGACGACGAGAUCUCCAUCGCUCUUCCCCUCACGCCGUCGGAGCUCAAGGACCGCCUCAUUUUCGGGCCGUCUCCGUCCCCAGAGGACACUUCGCAGAUCGUCGAUGCGUUGACUCUGUCCGUGAGUUCGCCCAGACCAUCCUCUUCUCAAGACCAGCGCGCACCACCGUCUUUUUAUGCGCAAGAGUCUCGCCCGGCUGAUUGUAAUGAGGCGUGCCCGAAAUCCCAUUUGCACCGCGCCAAGACGGCGCCAGCUAUGGCGGUUUUGAAUGACGUUAAUCGCCAACCUGCUCCGCCGAAGCCUCAGUCCAGUUCGCAAACGAUUGUCCGUCAGGCGGUGAUACUUUUAGUUGCUUAUUUGUCGUUCGGUGUGGCUAUAUACUGGUGCAACCGUCAUAACUUUGCAGCUAUUGAGACUCACCCUGCUGUGGAUGCUCUGUACUUUUGCAUUGUCACUAUGUGCACGAUUGGGUAUGGUGAUAUUACGCCAAAUAGCCCUGCAACCAAGAUGUUUUCUGUAAUGUUUGUAUUGGUGGGGUUCGGAUUUAUCGAUAUAUUGUUGUCUGGGAUGGUUAGUUAUGUCCUUGAUUUGCAAGAGAGUUACUUGCUGAAGGCGGCACAGGAUAGGAAGGAAAAGAAAGAUUCCGGAGGAUCCUAUUUAAUCGAUUUGAAAAAGGGGAGGAUGAGGAUAAGGAUGAAAGUGGCAUUGGCCUUAGGUGUUGUGUUUCUUUGCAUUGGAAUUGGUGUGGCUGCGAUGCAUUUUGUUGAGAGGCUUGGCUGGUCAGAUUCCUUUUACUUCUCGGUAAUGUCUGUCACCACGGUCGGGUAUGGGGACCGUGCGUUCACAUCAUUAACUGGUCGUAUUUUUGCUUCCAUCUGGUUACUAGUAUCGACGUUAGCGGUUGCGCGGGCUUUUCUCUAUUUGGCUGAGGCAAGAGUUGAUAAGCGACAAAGGAGAAUUGCAAAGUGGGUGCUUGGUCAUGAUAUGACCAUAGCCGAGUUCCUGGCAGCCGACAUUGACAACAAUGGCUUUGUUCGUAAAUCUGAAUAUGUCAUAUACAAGCUUAAGGAAAUGGGGAAGGUAUCAGAGAAAGACAUACUGCGGAUCUGCAACACGUUUGACAGACUGGACACUGGCAAUUGUGGGAAGAUCAGUCUUGCUGAUCUCAUGGAAAGUCACCAUUGACGCGGUUGUUCCUAGUUGACCAGCUGAUCGAACGAUACAAGACACGAGGCAAGAGAAGUCUUGAAAUCCUAAUCGGUGGGAAGUCAAUAUUACGGGCCUAAUCAAGUCAUAGAAGGUGGUGCUUCUGCAAUCAUACUACUCGAGUUCCCAGUUCAUAUGCUCAUUGACAAGUUACCAGUUUGGCUUCACCUUCAUUGAAGAUUACGACGGCUAGUUGCUCUUACAACACUGGUAUAUCAUAUUGCUGAGUAGGAUUGAAGGAGAGGCGUUGGUCCCGCAAAAGUUUCGCUUUAACUUGGAUUAUGGAUCAGUUUUGGUAAGAUAGAUGACGGAUGGGUACGUUUUCUAUCCGUAUGUGUUUUGUUCGAUUCAUUCUUUGUAGAAGCUUUUUUACAUGGGCAGUUCUUUCUUUUCUUCCGAGUAAUGCUAGGUAUACUAGGUGGCACGAUGCAAGUGUGGUUUCAAAUAGGCAAACCAUAUUGGAUACCCAGACUUUGCCUCGUUGCUUUUGUAAACUAGUUUGAGUAUACAUAGCAUAAUUAUUUUGUUUUCUUU